UUGUGGUCCAUAACCAUAUUUCUGACGCUAUAUAAACGUAAAUAAAAUGUGUUGAGUAUAUUGUUAAACAAAACAUUUCUUUCUUUCUGCAACUGGUGUACUAGUACUAGUGUGUGUAUAAUCAAUUUCAGGUCACGUAAAAUCGUCGAUGAUAUUGUUCUACUUCUGGCUGCAUUUCUGCAUGGUACAGACGGUUUACGGUGUUUCUCGUGCACUGGUAUUGUAAACCCAACAGUUUGUGAAAAGGAAGUUGAAUGCGCAGUGGACGAGGAAUGUUUCGUCGAGAGAAUAGUAGGAGACGUCAAUAAGGUCUUCUACAAUGUAGGAUGUCGAAAACUGAAGGUGUGUAAGUUUUUAGCUCUAGUGCAUCCUAAACGGGCCAACCUUGCCAUCUGCCAGGAAUGCUGCGGACAAAACCUCUGCAACAAACAUAUGUGUGUUAAAAACGGGAGCAGCAGUCAAAUUCAGUGUUAUCAGUGUGAUGGGGUCCAAACACCCGGUGACUGUCACAAGCGAGUCACCUGCCAACACAACGAGAUUUGUUCUUCCAUCGAGUACCUAACUGAUUUCCUCGAGGUGAAGUACCGCCUUGGCUGCGAGUCUAGGACGCGGUGUACUCUGCUGAACAUCAACAAGACGAGGAGAGUGAUUCCCUUCUGUAGCCAGUGCUGUCCGCUCAGUGGAUGCAACCGCCAUCUCUGUGACUACUCCGUGCCAUCCGCCAGUGAAACGACCACCGUCAAAGUGACAACGUCAUCAGCAGUGACCUCAGCACACACACAAACCACCACGAAGACUGCGAAGUCAACAGUCACACCGCCGGCGUCAUCACAACCACUCCCCACUAUAGCGACGUCGUCCACGACAUCCACGUGUGAAGACUCACCCCACGUCGAUUGCCAGGACUUCAUGAACGAACACGGAAAUAUAUGCAACCCCAUCAGACUGGCUACUACAAUGUACUGUCCGCGGUCUUGUGGACUUUGUGGGACCACAAGCUCGGUGAAUACAACAGCAUCAACCCCGUCAGUUAGCACAACAUCAGCUCCGUGUUUCGAUGACGACGACGUCGAUUGUCACGCGCUGAAUGACAUCCUAGACAUCUGCAACCCCGUCACAGAGCAAACCAGGACAAUGUGUCCACGAUUCUGUGGAAUUUGUGAUAUCACAUACUCUAUUAACACCAUCACGACAACGUCUGGUCCCUGUCUCGACUCCCAUUUGGUCAACUGUACAUCGCUCAAUCAAAUUCAAAACAUCUGCAGUCCUGUCACAGAAAUGAGUACAACAUGGUGCCCUCAGUUUUGUGGACUCUGUGGUGAGAAUAUAAUUAUAACCUAGGGUAUUAUCGUGUGUUCUAGCCACUUAAGGUUCAAACACGUU